AUUACGAAAGUGGGAAAUUUGAUGACCGGCGUAUGUUUCCAAACCUGCUUGUUGCCUCUACAUUCGAAAUUGAGAACAGAAGGCUGGAGGUGGUUUUAUUUUUCACUCUUACAUUAAAACGGAGGGGACCAACAUGCCUGUCAGAAAAACUGCAACAAAACGGAAAAGCACAGCCAGGAGUAUUACUCCUGGGCUUCCCACUAAAACUUCAAGGAAGUCACGCUUACUCCUUCCAAGUCCAGAAUCCCUUGAUGAUAAGGAGACUGGCCUUGUAUUCACAUUUGGCCAGGGUGAUGUUGGCCAGCUGGGCCUUGGGGAGGAUGUCCUUGAACGAACUAAUCCAGCUAUUGUAAAAAAUCUUGAAAAUGUAGUGGAUAUUUGUGCAGGUGGUAUGCACACAGUUUGUCUCACGAAGACUGGAGAGGUUAUCACAUUUGGUUGUAAUGAUGAAGGUGCAUUAGGCAGGGACACAAGCAAUGGUAACUCAGAAACAGAACCAGGAAAAGUGGAGAUUGACGGUACUGUUGUUCAGAUAACAGCAGGAGAUUCUCACACAGCUGCUCUGACAGAGAAGGGGCAAGUUUUUGCCUGGGGAUCAUUUAGAGAUUCCAGUGGUUCAAUGGGGCUUAUGAAAGCAGGUGUUGCUGAGCAGAAACCAGUUGAAAUUCUCCCUGGAUUGAUGACUGUGAAAAUCGCAUCUGGAGCUGAUCAUCUAGUCAUGCUUGCUAAUGACGGGCAUGUUUACACAUGUGGAUGUGGUGAACAAGGACAGUUAGGUCGAGUAUCAGAACGUGCUGCAAAUCGUAGUUGCAGACAAGGGUUAGGGCAUUUAUUGGUACCUGCGCCAGUGCCCAUUAAUCCCAGGUCGAAACUUGGCUUUGAAGAUAUCUGGGCUGGAACUUGGUGUACAUAUGCCAAAGCUCAGAGCCAUAUUUAUGUAUUUGGACUAAAUAACUACAGCCAGUUAGGUGUAGAGAAUCAAGUGUGCCACUUUCAUCCAGUGAUAUCACCCUCAUUUUCGGAAAAAUUAUGGUCACAGAUAUGCGGAGGGCAACACCAUACAUUGGCUCGUGAUAAUGAAGGUGGUGUUUAUGUCAUUGGUCGUAAAGAUUAUGGGCGCCUUGGAUUAGGCAAAGACUGUGAAGACAUCACUACACCUACUGCUAUACCAAAACUUAUUGGGAUGAAAUGCACUGACAUUGCAUGUGGUGCAGCAGUGUCAUUUGCUGUAAAUGAUAAAGGAGAAGUUUACGGGUGGGGAAUGGCAACAAAUGGACAGCUUGGAAAAAGUGGUGAUGGAGACGAUGAGAGUGAUGUGUAUGAGCCACGACAAAUCAAAGGAAAGCAGUUACUGUCACAUGUGGUGUUGAAAGUGUCAGCUGGUGGACAGCAUACUGUGUUGCUUGCUAAAAGUGCUAAAGUGACAGAGGAAAAAUAGUGCAGUUAGCAGUUUUGAAAUUGUAUCAACUUUGUACCAAAUUUGUGUAUAGGGAAAAGUGUUUUUUGGCUGUAAUAUUAAUAACUAAAAGUCCA